UGUCAUCUGUUGCUGUUGUUGCCGUUGGGGUUUAUUUAUUUACUAUUUUGCCUUCUCCCCGGCCCCCAAUUAAAAUCACUUACAACAACGCACAGCCGAAGGCAAAAACCACCGCAUCCCUUCCAUGCCGCCGGAGUUCUCCAAUCGCCCCUCCAUGCCCCCCAUUCCCCGAUCUUCCUCCGCUCUGAGGGAGUGAGAAGGGACGGUGAAGGAGGAGAAGAGUUGCGAUGUCUUUUGACGGGGAGGAGUCGCGAUGGAUGUGUGGGACGUCUGGUGUGGUGAAUCUGCAACGGGUCAGCUCUAUGGUCAGAGAGAUUGGAGACCCAUGUCUUCAUCACUCGCCUUCCAAGGGAAGCAAAAUGCUCAAGCCAGAAAAGUGGCAAACCAUUUUUGAUAGCGAGGGGAAGGUUAUAGGUUUUCGAAAAGUACUUAAAUUAAUUGUAUUAGGGGGUGUGGAUCCUUCUAUUCGGGCAGAAGUCUGGGAAUUUCUUCUUGGUUGCUAUGCAUUAAGCAGCACCACAGAACACCGGAAGCAACUGAGGAUGGCUCGAAGGCAACGCUAUGAGGAUUUAAUCAGGCAAUGCCAAAUGAUGCACUCAAGUGUUGGUACUGGCUCCCUUGCAUAUGUCAUUGGGUCCAAAGUGAUGGACAUGAGGACUCUAUCUAGAGACAAUGACAUCGGGGAAUCAGUAACCAAAAAUGGGCAAGCUUCUCUUGAUACCACCAACAAGUUAGAGACAUAUUCUGAUUUAAAUAAUGGCUGUACAGACACCUCAUGUACACACAAAAGGAAGAGCUCUAGUAAAUCCGCUGAGCUAGUCAGUUGCAGGAUGAGCACAGAUGAUGCAGCCAAUGAGUCUACGUAUGUGUUGCCCUCCUCUGAGGCAUAUAAUUGUUACCCAAGAAAUUUUGACAGUGAUUUCCAUGAACCUCAGUAUGACACCGACAGCUUUUUUGAUUUUCCUCCUCUGCCUGUAACAAACUUAUUCCAGAAAGGUAAUGGGGAUGAGAAUGAAGGUCAGAAGCAUGAGCAUACACUGAGAUUUGAGGGUGAGCACAUGCAUAGCUUCCAAAUCAAUAGCAACGUGGAUCUAAUUAUGGAAUCAAGUUCUCCUUCGACUGUUCCAUUACAUUCAAGCAAUAGUGCAACUGAUAUUUUUACAUCAGGUGCUUUAAAUCAUGUUGAAGGGUCAAAAGAAAUGGACUGUAAAAUGGAGUUUGUAAACAGAUUAAUGAUUCCAGAUGCCCCAAAGGAAGCUACAGUGGAUCAGACCACUUCCACUGGAUUAGUUGCCAAUGACGACCGAGUUUCUGAGUGGCUUUGGACACUUCAUCGAAUUGUUGUUGAUGUGGUAAGAACUGAUAAUCAUCUUCAAUUUUAUGGAGACUCAAAAAAUAUGGCUAGAAUGUCAGAUAUCCUUGCUGUUUAUGCAUGGGUUGAUCCUGCCACUGGAUACUGCCAAGGUAUGAGUGAUCUGCUUUCUCCCUUUCUUGUGCUAUAUGAGGAUAAUGCAGAUGCAUUUUGGUGCUUUGAGAUGCUUCUCCGAAGAAUGCGUGAAAAUUUCCAGAUGGAAGGGCCAACUGGUGUGAUGAAGCAGUUGCAAGCAUUGUGGAAGAUCUUGGAAUUAACAGAUACUGAAAUCUUUGAACAUUUAUCACUCAUUGGCGCUGAAAGUCUUCAUUUUGCUUUUCGAAUGUUGCUGGUUCUUUUUCGUCGGGAACUGUCCUUUGAUGAGGCUCUCCGCAUGUGGGAGAUGAUGUGGGCUGCUGACUUUGAUGAAGCUGUUACUCAGCAAUUGGAGGAAAAUUGCCUCGAUCUGUUGGUUUUAAAGCUUCAAAACAAUUCCAGUGUGGAAAUGAAAGUGGAACAAACUGAUAAUGGUCGAAGAAAACUUAAAAGCAUGCAGCCUCAGUAUACAAAUGGUAAAACCUGUGCACCGUAUGGGGAGAGGUCUAUUUCAAGUUAUCCCCUUUGCGGCCUGGCAAAGGCUAAUUUCUGGUCAAGACAUGAUCAGCUGCAGGUUCAUGGUACAACUGCAUCAACAAGAAAGGGGGAUGAUGAAUUGCCUGUUUUCUGCGUAGCAGCAAUCCUCAUCACCAACCGCCAAAAGAUUAUGAGAGAAACCCACUCAGUUGAUGAUAUAAUCAGGAUGUUCAAUGAUAAUAUGCUGAAAAUCAAUGUGAAAAGAUGCAUUCGCAUGGCUAUCAAACUAAGGAAGAAAUACUGUUACAGGUUAAUGAAGCAAACAAGCCUAGGAAGCUCGCAGCAACAAUAAGAAGACAAUGAAUACUUGCACUUCUCACAUGCUAUGUUGGGGAAAGCUUUAAUGUUUGCUAUACUUCUCUUGGAAUUGGAAACCCAAGUUGCUACCCAACCUUUUGGGUUCAUAGUGCGAUUUUAUAUUUAUUAUUUUGUGGAACUUGAGCAGGAAGGAUUGCCGCUUUUAAGAGCUCCAGUUAUAUAUCCAUUCCUUUUGUUGAUACAACACGUCUGCAAGAAUCAUCAGAUCUAACCAUAUACUUCAAGGCACUCGAAGACUGAAAAGUGGAAACAUCUAUUCUUUUAGCUAAUUUGGAUCCUUGCAUAGAGCUUCAUUUGGUUGCUGCUGCCAUGCUAAUGCUGCUCCGACUACUUUUGAGCGGGAAAAUGACAGCCAUAUUUUCCUCAGUUGAUCUCUCAACAUGCUAUUAUCAGAGGAAGGUUGGAACGCUAGUGGGAGGAGGAAUGGAGCAUCAACUAAUGUAUGUGUAUACCUCAAAUUUCCUCGAAUCCAUUUUUUAAAAUGCCUUGGAUUGGAAUGUUACUUCAGGUAAUCCAGGGGAGAGAAUUUUGUAUUCUAUUUUAGGGCAUCAAUAUGUCUGACUUAAGUUCUCAUUCAGAUAGAGAUCACAACAUCCUGGAAAGGUAUACAACAGCAAAAUAGUUAAGGAAGUCAAUAUCGAUGCAAUUUCAUAUUCUGC